UUAAUCAAUAACUACUAAUAUAUCAUGCUGACCGUUAGGCGGCAGCAGAGGGGAGGAUUCUAACGGAAGUUGUUCAUAUCAACACGUAAACCGUUUCCUCCUCACCGUCGCUCUCUGAUCGAUGUGUUAAACCAUGAAUCCGCUGACGAAGGUGAAGCUGAUCAAUGAGCUGAACGAGCGAGAGGCCGACCUCGGCAUCAAAGAGGCUGUUUCCUGGCACAGCGAGUACAAGGACAGCGCCUGGAUCUUUGUUGGAGGGUUUCCAUACGAGCUGACUGAAGGUGACCUGAUCUGCGUCUUCUCCCAGUACGGUGAGAUCGUCAACAUCAACCUAGUGCGAGACAAGAAGACCGGGAAGUCCAAAGGUUUCUGCUUCGUCUGCUAUGAGGAUCAGAGGAGCACCAUCCUGGCAGUGGACAACUUCAACGGCAUCAAGAUUAAAGGUCGGACUAUCCGUGUGGAUCAUGUUAAGGACUACCGUCCUCCCAAAGACCACGAGGACAUUGACGAUGUGACCAAAUAUCUCAGAGAAGAGGGCUGUGCUCCUAAAGAUUCUGCUGCUGCUUCCCACUCAGAGGAACCAGAGCAGUUUGUCAUACCUGUAAAGAAGGCCAAGAAAGAUAAGAAAGAGAAGAAGAAAAAGAAGAAAGAGAAGAAGGAGAGGAAAAAAAAGAGUAGAACUUCUUCCUCAGCUGAGUCGUCUCCUCAUCAUCCUCCUGCAGCCAUCAAAGAGGAGAAACAGGACGCCGCCUACGACAAGUACAACCACGCCACUGGUCCGCAGAACGGACAGAAGGCGACAAAGAGAGGGGGAGGUCAGGAAGAGGAGAGAUGGAGAGGAAGAGACAGAGAAGAAGACAAGAUGAGAAACAGUGAGAAGGGGGAUGAAAGGAGGAGAGACGGAGACGACAGGGAAAGAGAGACCGAGAGAAACAACAGGGACAAAAGAAAAGACACAGACAAAGGCGAUGAUAGAAAAAGAGAUGACAGGGGGAGUGACUCAAACAGGAAAAAGGAGACAGACCAAGACAAGGACAGAAGAAGAGACACUGAUCGAGGUGAUGGUAGAAGAAAGGAAGACAGGAGAGACACUGACGGAGACAACAGAUGGAGAGAGACAGAUCGAGAUGAAAGUCGAAGGGAGAAAGAGCGAGACGAUGGCAGAAGACGAGACGGAGACAACAGGAGACGAGAGACAGAUCGAAGAUGAAGAGUGGAUUAUCUGACUGUAAAGCCUGAAGCAGGGAUGAAGCUGAACAUGAGCUGAAAGCUUGGUUUAGUUCUAACUUCAAACAUUUUUCCACAAUCUGUUCUUGUUUUUCUGUAAAAAGUCACUUCCUGGCUGUAAACUGUAAAAAGGUUCAUUAGUGCCCCCUGCUGGUCGUAGCUGUAAUUGCAUGGUGUUGAGCAACCAAGGGGGCAGUGAUCAGAAACUGCAGCAGUGUGAGCAGAAUGAGUUUACUAUUAAAAUAAAUAAAAAUGUCAGCUGAAA